AUGUUCGCCUCUACUUUCCUCCUCGUGGCGCUCGUCACUCUGGGCCUAGCUCAGAACGAUACGGAUACCAGCAAGAUCCGCAGGGUGUACCUGACCUCCAAUGUCAACACCAAGUUUGUGGUGACCGCAGGUGGCACCACCGCUGGCAGCAGCCUUGUCGUGCAGACCCUGAGCGAGAAGCCCGAGCAGCAGUGGCUCCUCCAGGAUGGAGCGAGCACUCUCCAGUUGGCAGACACCACCCUCUGCAUCGACGGCGGUGCCCAGAGCAACUGGAAGGAUAUGGGCACUCUCAGCUUGGCGGAGUGCGAAGAAGGGAAGGAAGCUCAACAAUGGACCGUGAUGGAGGACGGACGCAUCGCCCUAACGGCGUCAAACCCGCAACAAUGCCUCGAUCUCGUAUUCAUGAGGGCCGUGGAAAACAACGCUGUCGGUCUUUAUAGCUGCGCUGGACUGGGCAAUACUGGCGCUGCGGACAAGGGCAUCAACUGGCCCAUUGUUGAUGUCGAGGCACCUUAG